AUGCCGCUCCACCCUCGUCUUUUCCACCUCGCCUCCAACGAUUGUGGUGAGCCACCAGCCGGCGAUGACGCGUGCAGUCGCAUUACGCCGUCUCGCGGUCGUUUUCCUUGCCGUAUGUGGACCCGCUACGUGCCUCGCCACCGUGGUGCGCGCCCAGCCGCUCGAGGCCUCCCAAGUGUAAUUUCUGCAGGACUGCCAGACAGUAUGGGGUCGGACGCUGCCAGGAUGGGGCUCCAACCCUGA